AGUUAGGAAGGGGGUCAAAGGUUAUAGAUGGAUGUAUGGAUGGAUAGAUUUUUUUUUUUGUUCAGGUAUUUUACAACAAACUUUCUUCAGGGUUGCCGGACGUCCCCCCCCCCCUCCCCCUUUAAGGGUCAUUGCCCCCAAAUGACAGAGAUUUGGGUCAAAUCUCAACAUUUUAGCACUGAUUGGAUUUGGUACCGCCCAAAUGUGCUACUAUGGUAAAUUACAUACCGGUACCUGUACCGGUACGCAACUGUCGCAACGAAAAUUAACCGCGCUUGCCUGCAAAAAAAUCGAACAAAUAAUAAAUCUAAGUCUUGGAAUGAAUCGGACUGAAUGAAGAGCUCGAAGGCCUAGUCUAGAGUCAGACCUCAAGAUGGAGAUCACAGCUGAACUAUUGGAAAAGAAGCUUUGUGGUGAAUUGCAGGCUUCUCAUGUGGAAAUAAUAGAUGAAACUGCAGGAGGUUGCGGCCUGAAGUUUACUGCUGUCAUCGUCUCUGAAAAAUUUGAAGGAAAGCCUCUGCUGCAGAGACACAGAUUGGUGAAUUCAUGUUUAGCGGAGGAACUGAAGAUCAUCCAUGCCUUCUCCAUGAAAACACUUACACCAGCAGACUGGACCAAGAGGCAGCAGCAGGAAGCCAGCUGAGGAUACCCCUCUAGGAGUGCUCUAAGGUACACGUCUGUUUCCAUCCUAGAUCUUGAAUGCUUUGAGGAGUGAGGACUCUGAUGAAAAAUAACCUUGGAAAAAAAGUCAUUCAGCUCAGGAAAAGCUAGCAAACAACACCGAAGAACUAAAAAUGAGAUUUAAUCAAUUACAAGUACAAGAGAACAAAAUGAGAAAUCUGUGCAAUUUGUACUGAUUUUUAUUUGUCUUUUUCAUAUUUAUUUCAUCCAUCAAUAAAAUAUGAACUACAUGUGUAUUGACUGUUGAUACACAAAUUGACCUAGAGAAUUAUGAGCAAUCAUUUUAAUAGAAGAUAAUUUGUUACUUUAUGAUUUUAUUUUGUUCAUUCAUUAAUUUUUUUUUGUGAUGGGGAUGAGGGAAAUGCAAGUCAAAGUGGAUUUAGUGACUUGUAAACCUCAUGAAAUGACCCCUUUUUAUUCAUGUUCUUAAUGCCUUAGGCCGUGCUACAAGGAGUAUGAUUUUAUAAGAUUUAAAAUAGGAGAAGAAAAGAGACAAAAGAUGGAAGGAAAAUGGAAGGAAGGAGAAGGAAAGAUGUCUGAAAGAGUUGCAUGGGUGGCUUAACUCUUUAACACCCCGAUUUUUCAGUUGAAGAAAAAAAAUAAUGUCAGCUUCAGGUCAUCUCCCCUUCCCCAACCCCACCCACUACAUCCCCAUCAAAAUGCGCUGAUUAGUCAGACAUUUUUUUUUUAAAGAUCCAUUCUGUUUCCUUCAUUCAACAGCUAUGCAAGUCUAAAAUUGGAAAUAUGAUUACCGGUAGUUCAAAUUUUGAUAGAACUCAUUGAUUCCCUGAAACAAGUAGUUCUGAAGAAUGGAGUUAAAAUGAAGUGCAUAUUAAUUCAUGCAGCUUCCCAUUGCUAAGAAAUAGAAUACAGAUGCACUGUAGCCUUUCGUAAUGUAUGAUGCCGCAAGAUUCAUGGGGAAACUGAAAAGGAAUUUGUGUUAAAAGAGAUAAUUGGGAAUAUUUCCUUUUUAUUUGAUCACAAAACUUGGAUAUUAAACACAAGAAAAAAUAUAUUGCCUUAUUUUGUCCUGAAAUUUACAAAUUAUUGCAUGGUACUGCUUCAAAAUGUGAAAAACCCUCAUAAAUUGACAAUUUCUAAAUGAACAUUUUACAAAUUUUCACAACCCUUCCACCAAAAAAAAAAUGUAAGACUAGUUUGUUUGAAUAUAUUUAGUUGUGACAGGUUUGGCUGGAGUCGGAAAUUGUGGUGGUUAAUAGCUGGUAAAUUCUGGUAAAAACUGCCUCAAUAAUAUUUUAUGGAAAAGGAAAUCGUUGGAGAUAAAUACAAUAAAUACUUCUCGAAUUUUUCAGGUAUUUCCCAGGUGUUUCUCAAGCCUAUUCUAGCAUUUUCCCUGUGCAUCCCUGUAUAUCUAAGUUCUUCCCAGCAUUUCCUACCCGGGUGGGAUACCUAAAAUUCCUGGUAAAUUGCCAUGCCUGAUUUGUGAUGGUAUGUGUCACAGUUUCAGCCAGAUGGGGCCAGACGAGUAUUAAAUUUCAAAUCAUAUAUCAAGUUAUAUUGCAGCAUUUAUUUUUGCAUUACUCUUUAAAAGAAAGCAAUGUGCCUGCUCAUAAUAUCCCCUCCGGAGGCCGCGGAAAGUGAUUAUCAUUAGAAAUUAAAGCAUAUUUCAAUAUUGUAACUGGCCAGUUAGUCUGUAGAUGGGAAUCUGUUUUCUACAAUCUGCAAGAAGAGUGAGGCGUAAAAGUAACAUAUUUUGUUCCUGCAGCAUCAAACGUGGCUUGAAAGGGAAUAAGUUCGAUGGUACUCCAUUAUUUUUUACCUCCAUUCUAAUUUCUGAAGUCAUAUCAGCAGAAGCAUACAUGUAAAAAUUCGCCCAAAAUUUAUCUUAAUAAUAUUCGAUAUUCAAAUGGCAUGAAUAUGCAUAUAAUAUUUUCCUACUUAAAUCAUAUCCCCAAUGCUUUUUAGAUGAGGAUAAUUUAAAUGCAAUGGGGGCAAUAUGAAGGGCAAGUCUGUUUUAUAAGUGAUGAGUACAAGAUGUCUUGAGUGAAGUAAUAUCAUAACUACUUACAUAAGCAAUAUCUAACUCUUUCUCUUAAUUCCCCCAUCCUAUUUUCAGUUUAUGCUUCAAUCAUGAAUUCAAAUUUCUUUUGUUUUACAUCUAGUAUCAUACACGUUUGCAUUUGCAUAUUCUAAGCUAAUUUGAAUGAAUUAUUUUAUAUCCUCUUUGUAUUAUUUUUCUGUUAAAAAUGAAUGGAUUCCAAUUUGAAUUUGAUUUACAUGUAGUUAGCAUAUUGAGUUGAUAGGUUAUAAAAGUGGAGCUGCUCAGAUGCCUUGUAAAGUUAUUUCUAAAGAUGAAUAUCAACUUGAAGACCAAAUGUAGUGUAUGAGUUCAUAUCAGAUAGGGGUGCUAUGUUGCUAUAGACCAUGUUUUGAUAGAAAGUGAAACAAGAAUGUGUGCUAGUAUAUCCUCUGUACCAACUGCCAGGAUGUGUUCACUUUCAUCACAAGAAAAGGACCCAUUUCAAGUUCAUAAUACAGGAAAUCAUGGUCGACCCUGAUUUGUUUUUCUUUCCUGAAAGUCUGUUUUAUUGUUGCAUACUUGCAUUGGGACCUUCUAUCGAUGUUCUCAAUUUCCUAGAAUCUGUGGAAAACCACUUUCAUUGAACAUUGUAGCAUAUGAUAUAUCAUAAAUAUUGUAUGAUGUAUCAUAUAGAGUUAUAUCUUCAGUUUUCUAUCAGCAUACAUGCAUCUUUGAAUAAUUUUAUACAACAUGUACCAGUUUAUUAAUCAGAGAAAGAUUUUUUUUUAAAAUAAAUACAACCCAUGAUUUUAA